AUGAACCGAGUGCCAGUCGAGAUCUGCAUUCUCAUAGUGAGUAAGCUCCCGAUGAGGGACCUUCUCACCAUGGGUGCCAUUGAUAGAUGCACGAGGCGCAUCGUGAUGCCUCUCGUCCACGGAUGUCGGCUACUCCAGCUCGUCACCCUUCGAGGCCAGAAUUCGGCGGUAACCUUCCUUAUGGAAACCACGCAAGUUGACUUUCGGGUUCGUGACACUCAUGGAAUGACGACUCUUCAUUACGCCGCCUUGAAGGGGUAUGUGCAAGUCGUGCGGCUCCUGACAAGUGACCCUCGCCACAAGCCGUUGCUGAAUGCCCCCGAGAACAGACAGAAUGAUACGCCGUUGAUUCUUGCAGCUCGGUACCAGAAUGAGGCGGUAUUACAGAUUCUGAUGGAUAAUGGGGCAGAUGUCAAUGCUCGCAAUAUUCACGGAGAAAAUGUUCUCUUCUGGGCCGCCAAGCGACACAGGACCAAGCUAACGCAGAAACUGCUGAAACGAGGGGCAGAUCCCAAUCAAUUUGUUCGCCACGGGCUCACCCCCCUUAUUCAGGCCAUCAUGGAAGGCUACCUCGAUCUGGCUACAAUAUUGCUGGAAGGAGGCUGUAACGUGGAGCAACCCGAUAGCCGAGGUCACCGGCCCCUUGUCUGGGCUGUUGUACUUGAUGAGCCUGCAAUGGCAAGUCUUCUGUUCUCUCACCAUGCUAAGGUUAAUCCAUCAGCAAGGAAAGGAGGCGAGCGCUCGCCACUCGUCUGGGCUGUCAUGAAAGGCAACGUGGAGAUGGUCCAACUGCUGCUACGCCAUGGCGCCAGUGUUGGUCAGACACAACCAGACAGUCUGGCGCCGCUGAUGUGGGCCGUCCUCCACCGAGACACAUCGGUGGCUGAACUCCUUCUCCAAAAUGGCGCACUUCCCGACGAGCCCGGUAUCCACGGCGAACCAGCGCUGGUGUGGGCCAUGUUCAACAAUGACAGGGAGAUGAUGCGGUUGCUCCUCCGGUACAAUGCAUGCCUGGAGGAUAUAAAGCGAGAAAGGCGGUUUGCGUUACCCCUCUCCACAGGGUGUGAAGGAAGGUUUAUAACUCAUCCCCCACACAAGGGGGCUGGGAGCUCGGAUGGUAUUCUAUCGCAAUCGGCCAAAGUGAGACGCAAAGUCUGA